AUGGUUGCCUCACUUAGCCUACAUGAAGCAGGCAGUUGUAUGAAGUCACUUGACGAAGGCCGCCUUCCUUCUGCUUGGAAGGAAGCGAUUGUCACGCCUAUCUACAAAGCCGGCUUUACAUGUUUGCGAAUCACAUAUCCGUGUUCUAUUAUUUACGAUUCCAAGCAUUUCAGUAUUCACUAA